UCAGCUUUUGUUUGGCAGCUGAGACAAACUCUCAUUUUCCUCCUCUUAACAUCCCCCUUUCAUCACACUGGCAGUUGGAGCAUGUCAGCAACAGGAGUAGAUCCGCGCCUUGUGCUCCUCCUGCUCUGCUGCGUCUCCUCCGCGGCGAGCGAUGCGUUCGCGUUCACGGAGGAGCCGUCGGAGAGAGCGGGGAAGGCGGACAGCUACUGCAGCCGGAUCCUCCGGGAUCACAGCGGCCAGAGGGAGACCAGCACGGAGUUUCGGCUUCGUGUUGAGGGAGAUCCAGAGAGCUACCAGCCGGGGAGCACGUACAGAGUGAGUCUGACUGCAUCUACCCCAUCCUACUUCAGAGGGUUUACCCUUAUUGCUAUAAAGGAGGGUGCAGAGGGAGACAAAGAUGAGGACUACGCUGGACAUUUCCAGAUCAUUGAUGAGGAAGAAACACAGUUUUUGACUAACUGCCCCCCAGCAGUGACAGAGAGCACUCCUCGCAGGCGUACCAGUAUCCAGGUGUUUUGGACUGCACCCCCUAUUGGCACUGGCUGUGUUCUUCUAAAGGCAAGUAUUGUGCAGAAGAAGAUAAUCUAUUUCCAGGAUGAAGGUGCACUCACAAAACGAAUGUGUGAGAAAGAAUCCCUGUAUGGAGAUGGCACAGAUAAACUUCAGCCAGAUUGUUGUGCCUGCGGGACAGCGAAGUAUCGAGUCACCUUCUAUGGAAACUGGUCAGAGAAGAUUCAUCCCAAAGACUAUCCCCGUCGUGCCAAUCACUGGUCAGCUCUCAUUGGAGCCUCCCACUCAAAGAGUUAUGUGCUGUGGGAAUACGGAGGCUCUGCCAGUGAAGGAGUUAAACAGAUAGCUGAGCUGGGCUCCCCAGUCAAAAUGGAGGAGGAAAUCAGACAGAAGGUUACAUGA